UGUUGCCUCAAUCUAGGAUGGGAGGAGGCAAUGGAGCUACUGAUGAGGUCAGCAGCGAUUCGACCGGCAGCGGCGCUGAGGAAGUCACCGUCAAUAUACGAUGCUCUAAUGGAUCGAAGUUUUCGGUAGGGAUAAGCUUAUCCUCGACGGUUGAGGCGUUUAAGGCAGCACUUUCGGAGAAGUGCGAUGUGCCGGCCGAUCAACAACGACUGAUUUACAAGGGCCGGAUCUUAAAGGACGAUCAAACCCUACAAAGCUACGGCUUGGAGGCAGAUCACACCGUCCACUUGGUUCGUGGUUUUGCACCAGCUGCAGCAGCAGCAGCAAAUACACCUCCUGCUAGCAAUACUGGAGGUUCAAAUGCUCCUUCAACUAAUACACGGCAUGUUGGUUCUAAUGAAGGUGGAGCACUUGGAGGGUCUGGUUUUGGUGCUUCACUAUUUCCAGGUCUUGGUUUAAAUGGCUUGGGUGGCAGUGGUGGACCUGGUGGUUUGUUUGGAGCUGGACUUCCAGAGUUUGAACAGGUGCAGCAACAAUUGACUCGGAAUCCCAACAUUAUGAGAGAAUUAAUGAAUAUGCCUGUUGUUCAAAAUCUAAUGAAUAACCCUGAGAUCAUGCGGAACUUGAUCAUGAACAAUCCUCAAAUGCGUGAAAUCAUUGAUCGAAAUCCUGAGCUUGCUCAUAUACUUAAUGAUCCUAGCACUCUCCGUCAAACACUUGAAGCAGCAAGAAACCCUGAGCUCAUGCGUGAGAUGAUGCGCAACACUGACAGAGCAAUGAGCAACAUUGAAUCUUCACCUGAGGGAUUCAACAUGCUUAGGCGCAUGUAUGAAACUGUUCAGGAGCCAUUUAUGAAUGCAACAGCUAUGGCUGGAAAUACUGGAGGUGAUAAUGCAAAUCCAUUUGCAGCUCUUCUGGGGAACCAGGCAGGGAACCAAGCUAGUGAUGGGUCAACUAAUCCAUCAAGUGCUAACUCUGAGUCCACCACAGGUUCCCCAGCUCCAAAUACCAAUCCGCUGCCCAACCCAUGGACUUCUGCUGGGUCUGGUGCUGCCCCCCAGGCUAACACCACAAGGUCAAAUACUGCUGGGGAUGCUAGGGCACAGGCACCUGCUGGGUUAGGUGGACUUGGUCUUCCAGAGUUUGACAACAUGUUUGGUGCUAUGCCAGACGCUAAUCUAAUGACUCAGUUAUUGCAAAAUCCAGCUGUUUCACAAAUGAUGCAAAGCCUCCUUUCCAAUCCUCAGUACAUGAACCAGGUUCUUGGUUCUAAUCCUCAAGUUCGUAGCAUGCUUGAUUCCAAUUCUCAAUUAAGAGAGAUAAUGCAAAACCCAGAAUUUGUUCGUCAAUUAACUUCUCCUGAGACAAUGCAGCAACUUUUGACCUUCCAGCAAGCUCUGUUGUCUCAGCUUGGUCGGCAGCAGUCAAGCCAGGAACCAGGUCAGACGGGUCCAGGAACAGGCGCACCUAACACUAUGGGUUUGGAGAUGUUGAUGAACAUGUUUGGCGGCCUUGGAGCUGGUAGCCUUGCUGUUCCGAACAGAUCCAAUGUGCCCCCAGAAGAACUAUAUGCGACACAGUUGUCACAGCUACAAGAAAUGGGUUUCUUUGACACACAAGAGAAUAUACGGGCACUAAUUGCCACGGCAGGGAACGUGCAUGCUGCUGUUGAACGACUUUUGGGGAAUUCUGGUCAGUAAUUUAUUUAUAUAUUCUAUUUCAUCUUGUUAGUGUCCAUUUAGACCUGAGUUGUAUUCAAGCCCUCUUUUUGGGUAUAAAUAAGUCCAAUUAUGCUAGUUAGGGCUGUGAACAUUCUCGGUGUGUCUAUGAUCAUUGGAUGAUCUUAUUCCUCUCCUCCCUCCCCCCUUCCUCCCUCCCCCCUCUCUCUCUAUCAAGGGUUUGUUGGGCCAAAGUGUCUUGUACAUACUUUAUAUUAAGAUUUGUUAUAUGAAUUGUCUGCAAAAUUUAUUGAAACAUUUUGAAAUUUGUAACACUCGGUUUUUCUUUUUUAGUA